GCUGCGCGGGGAAUGUUGUGCAUCCACGCCAGGACGUGCGGCUCCAACCCGAAGUGGGUUAUUUCGCCGAAUGGAGGUUGCCCCAUUCAGUGGGGUUAUUUUUUUGGGGGGGGGACGUCUGUGCUAAUUUCUUAACGCAAGAGGUAUUUUUUUUGCACCAAACCGGUGGGACUGGGAGAACAGACAGAGAGAGAGAGAGAGCGAAACCACUGGACACAAGAAUCCGACGAAAUGCGACCAGCACGAAAUGCGGAACAGCACGCGACAGAAAGGAGGUCAGACACCGGAAACGCGGCCACGACAUCGCGUAUCCGAGACGGAGCCGAGAGAGAGAGGCAGACGUGCGGAGACGGGAAAGAUGAUCGAGGUGACGUCCUUCACGAUGGACGAACUCAAGAAGGUCUUCAACGAUCACUAUGCUCCUAUCGCGGUGCUCACCACCGCCGGAAUGGGAUUGGUGCUGCUGCGGCGCUGGAUGUCCGGCGGCGUUUGCCGCAGCCUCGCCCGCAUGGACGGCAAGACGGUGGUGAUCACGGGCGCCAACACCGGCAUCGGCAAGGAGACCGCUGUGGACCUCGCGCGCCGAGGUGCUCGCGUGGUGCUGGCGUGCAGGGACGAGGGCAAGGCGCAGGCGGCUGCCGACGAGGUGCGCCAGCGGAGUGGCAACUCCGACGUCGUCGUCGAGCGCCUGGACCUGGCCUCGCUGGCGUCCGUGCGCGAGUUCUCGCGGCGCCUGCACGACACCGAGAAGCGGCUCGACGUCCUCGUGAACAACGCCGGGUUGAUGCGGUGCCCCAAGUGGAAGACCGAGGAUGGCUUCGAGAUGCAGUUUGGCGUCAACCACCUGGGCCACUUCCUGCUCACCAACCUGGUGCUCGACAUGCUCCAGAAGUCCGCCCCGAGCCGCGUCAUCAACGUCUCGAGCCUCGCCCACACGCGUGGCAAAAUCCAUUUUGACGACAUCAACUUGGACCAGAACUACAACCCUGGCACGAGCUACAACCAGAGCAAGCUGGCCAACGUGCUGUUCACCAGGGAGCUUGCACGCAGGCUGCAGGGCACGGGCGUAACGGUGAACUCGCUGCAUCCGGGCGUGGUGAAAACCGAGGUGGGGCGCCACGUGUUGGACGGCGUGGCGGCGUGGAAGUGCGCGAUGCUGUACCCCCUCGUCCUGCUGCUCUUAAAGACGCCCCCGCAGGGCGCGCAGACCUCCAUCUACUGCGCCGUGGCCGAGGAGCUCGAGGACGUCUCUGGCCUCUACUUCAGCGACUGCGCCCCCAAGGACGUGGCACCGCAGGGGAAGGACGACGACACGGCGCGGCGCCUCUGGGAGCUCAGCGCCCGCAUGGUCGGCAUGGAGACUGACGGAAAGUGAGGUUGCCGUGGCGACAUCACCACGUGCCGCGCGGCACCGCCCUCGCCGAAUCGAUGGAUGGGGGCUGGGUGGGCACUUGCUCGGCAGGGGCGAUGCUGUUGUUUGGAAAACAUGCCGUCGAUCGGAAAGCGCGGUGACUGCCGGUACCUGCUCCUGGCUGCUUGGCACCCGCACCCCGUGACAGAGCAAAUUCUUGAGCCGCAGCAGAUGAUCCCAGAUUAUCAAUUUAAAGUGAGUUUUACACGCACAAUGCAGGCAUUGAACUGCCCGUGCAAUAAUAAAAAAAAAUCCAUGCUCUGCAAUUGAUUUGCAUCAAAUGUUCAGCCACUAGAGGCGCUAAAUUCACCACGAUGUACAAAAAAAAGAAUAAAUAUCUUCAAACGAAUCGUGAACUCAAGUUGCGACGAUCGAUCGAAACGCAAGAGGCGCGGUCACAAACCCACACACAGCGAAGCGCCCGUCGGGUCAAACGGCCCUCGUGAUCAACACAGCGCGGCUCGACCUUCCAGCAGUGCACGUAUACAUGCUUUAGAAUUCGCAGCAUAUUUGACAUCGGCAGUAGGCAGAUUUAGAAUGCACAGUCACGUGGUCUGCAGUGCAAUAACCCCCCCCCCCCCCCCCCGUCCGUCCGUCCGUCCGUUAACCCACGAUCUCACGGGGCCACUAGACAACCUCGCGUCACGUGCACACUCUGCCACGCGGUGCUUCACUCGCGACCGCACUGAAAUCUUCCUCCGUCCGCCACCACUGUAUGUGUAUAAAUCAUUUCGCGAUGCGGUAGGAUUUGCUUGAAAAUCGGCAUUAUAGCCAGCAUGUCAGAAUCCGUUAUGCUCAGAAUCGGAACCUUUAUCCUUUGGAGGAAUCCGACGAGCUCUGAAGGUAUUUUUUCCGACAGAUGUCCAGUAGGCGCGGGUCGGCAAGUCGCAACAAUGAGCGAGAGGCCGAACCACGAGUCUCAAUACCGUCGCUGCUGUUGCCGUGGCGACUGUUGUCGUUGCUACUUUCACACGGCUGGAAUCGCGAGGCUUGCAGUUCGCAAAUGUUGAAGAAAAUGUGUUUUAAGGUCUGUUCGAGAUAUAAAAAGGGGGUGCUAUUGCUAAUACUCAGAAGUGCUUCACUAGAGGGUGGAACAUGAACCUCUCAGCCCCAGGGGUCGGCAAACCUGCGGCUUCUUCUUGGUUCUUUCGGUAAAGUCCCGUAGAAUGGAAAUAAUAAAAUAAUAAAAAUAAAACAUAAUAAAAUCAUUCUCACGACGUUUCGGCCACAACGCAAGCAGCCGUCCUCAGGUGGAGAGCAGGUCUGUCGAGAAGACAAAGUCUGAAUGACACACUCCAGGCUUGGAGCGUCUAUUUAAGCUGGGAUGGAGGGGGGAAGGGCACCUUGACAAAAUAAUUUGCAUAUCAAGAGGAAUUUAUCAUAUUUAUGGGCUCUUUGAGGGACCGCUGCUUCGUGACGGUCAUUCAUUAAGGACCACCACCGUCUCGUGUUCACCGCACAGUGUUGCAUCGCGGGCUCUUCAAAUAUUGAGGAGGGGUUUGUUUUCUUCUUCCACCGAAUUCGAAAAAGAAUGGCUCUUCCUGUUAAUAUUGGUUUGCCGACCCGCCUGGUGUCGUGGGCCCGUGGAGUGACGAGCAACGCGCCAGGCAUUGCGAAGAACACGUGCUGCACGAAGCAUACAGAACGCUGUUAGCAGCCGUGCAGUUUCAACGAUGUCAAGCAAGCAAGCAAGCGGUGUACUCACGUUCAGGUUUAUUUCGUCUUCACACCGUUGUUGUGUGGGGAAGAAACUCCAAUGCAAAUGCUUCAGCAAUCACGCGUUAACGCUAGGGUGCAGUGUUGGGCCACGAGACGGCUACGCGACUGUUUCUUGUCCAUAGACGUGAACAAGACAUUGCUUGCACGAGCUCGUACGAGAUAUUCACAGAGCCGACAACCCAUACGGUUUACCCCCCAUUCUGAGACAGGGAAAUGUCGUUAUCAGGCCCAUACGACGUACAGCCGUUUCAAUAAAAAAAAGCAAUGUUUGUCUGUUUGUGUUUCUCCCUUGUAAUGGGAGCUUUGUAGGAUGAACGUUGAGAUUUACAAGGGCACGGGGUGAGUAAUAAGGUCUGAAUUGGUCUGUAAUAAGGUAGGCCCACUGGUAAGGGCUUGACGGGUAUGCAGUCAACAUUGCAUUGGUUAUAACACGAAGCUAUCAAACCGGCACUGACUGUGUGUUCAUGCACGCACGCGCGUGUGUCUGUGUUAAAGUCAGUGGAGUAGCAUGGUUGAAAUGGUGUCGAGUACAAAUCAUGUAAACGGGGCUCUGUAUCCAAUUCCCCUCGUAGCCUGGUGCCUGGGCCUAUCGGGCCUGGUGACGUCUUUGCAGUCGCACACCCGGUAGCUAAAACCAUCGUGCUAAAGGCGCAUGUGCUGUGUGCGUUAUGAUUGUGGGGAUGGUGUCACUUAGAAUCGUGCAAAUCAAAUUGGCUAAGACGGAAGGAGCGUUACUUGAAACAUUUUGGUAAUAACAAUGUUGCAAUUUUGAUUUGAAGCUUUCGUGACGGCAGGAAUCCAUACUCUGGUUCUUUCGGUAAAGUCACGUCGGUAGAAAAAAUAAUAAAAUAUAAUAAAAUACGACGUUUCGGUCGCAAUACAAGCGUCCGACGGAAUUUGUUCAAUGCAACAUUUUGUUUGCGGUAGUUGCUUUGUGCAAUAAAUGCAUUGUUAAAACGUC